AUGGAUCAACCUAAAAAACGUCAAAAGUUAUGUUCUUGUGGCCCAAAGUUAACUAUCAACGAUCUUCCCCCUGAAUUGAUUCAUUAUAUCUUGUCCUUUAUUCCUGUUUAUACUUGCAUGGCUCUCCUUGAAUGUAUCCCUUUUUCAAAUAAGAUUGGAAAGAUGAUUUACCGAAGCAUGAAUGAGAGGAAUAUCUUUUACGGUAAUCACUACUUACAAAAUAUGACUAGAUGGGGCAUUCAUGAUACUUGCAUUAAACAAAUCAAUUCGAAAGAAUUGGAUCAACUUAUUGCUUUUGAAGAUCGGGUUGAUUAUACUAUUGUCCCGAGAUCUUUUAUUCUUAAGUAUACUUAUGAUCAAUAUCCUUCAUCAGAGUAUUGCCAAAGACAGGUUCUUAAUAGACUUGUCAAAAAUUUGCAAUUAUCUCAAAGGUACUUUCAGCUGAUAAAAAAUUUCGAAAUAAACCUUGACUUGUGCAAUAAAGUUCCUUUUGACAAGGAGGACAAUUUUGAAGUGAAGAGCAUUUUUCAAAUCUUGUCCAGUAGUAAAUUACAUAACAACUUAACUAAAUUGCAUUUGAAAAGGUUUCAGAGACUCCCAUUUAUUGAUGUACAACUAUCUCAACUUCUACUGGGAAAUUUGCAUAACUUCAAUAAUUUGACCCAACUAGUGCUUGACAGUAAUCGCAUAACUUCUAUAGAAGAUAUAAGAUUCCCUCCCAGCAUUGUAUCCUUGUCAAUGGUGAAUAAUAAGUUGAAAUAUCUUCCUCAAAAUGUUGAUGAUUUCUUCCCUCCUAACUUGUUAUCUCUUAAUUUCUCUUGCAACGAUUUACUAACAUUACAAGGAGUUAAAUUCCCAUCUACAUUACAAUUCUUGGAUGUUCAGUUGAAUUCUUUGAAAAAACUUGAUGGUAUUCUAUGGCCCGAAAACUUAAAAGUACUUAUCGUUAGUGGUAACGAACUUCAAUUGUGUGAUGAGGAAGUAAAUUUUCCUAAAAAUCUUCAUAUCUUAAACUUAUUACAAAACCCUUCUAUAAUCUCAUUAAGUGGUCUACGAUUACCCAACACUUUGAAAAGGAUCUUCAUAGAUGCUUGUUUUGAAAACCUAUCAAUAGAUUUACCUAGGAGAGAUUCCGUCAUCUACGCUUAA